ACCAGACAAUAAAAGAUGGAUUCCAUUGACCCAAUUCUUAUAGCCCAAAAAGAAGAACAGAUAUCCUUGACCCCUGAUUUUCAUGUUAACGUGGCGGGUAAGAGAGACAGAGAAUCAAGAGACAAAGGGAAAACAUACAAUUGCGCGAACCUCAAAGAAGGGAAAAGACACUUCAAACGAAUUUUAGGAAGAGGGACUGCAACUGAGCCUUCCAGGCUCGGUUUCGAUAAGAAACAAGUAUGCCUCACAGAACCCGACCCAUGCCAGCAUUGUUGUUGUUUACCGGACUCAAUGUUGUUUUGUGCGCAACCAUUACUCCAGUCUAUGAUUUUGUCUGCUUUCAUCCAUACUGGGAAAGAAGGAGGGAAAGGCGUCGUCAAGAACGUGAAGCCUCUAUAGCUCAUGGUUCAAAAUAACCACUGCAGAUCUUUUUGGGAAGGAUCACAAAGGUCGUCGCGUUUCAAGCAAGUGAAAUGGAACUAUUUACCAGUUAUGAUGAUAACUGGUAGGUGUGAAAAUGUCUUUAAGGUGGAAAAGCGACUCAGAUGCAUAAUAUGUAUGAAUGUUGUUAGUUAUUGCUUUCAUAGUGAACAUAAAUUUCAUGUACCUGAUAGAUUUGUAUCCGGCAACAGUUUUCUUUGGUUACAAGAGGAAAACGUAUCCGGUAACAGUUUGAAGAUUC